UCCAGGCAGCAACAGCCGCUCGAUGAGCAACGUGCAACAGUCGGCGGUGGCACCCUCCACGCUGACCGCCACCCUGCCCCGCUUCCUGUCCAGAGGACACACCUACCGCGCCGUCGUCGGGGACACGCUCGUCCUGCCCUGCCAGGUGGAGAAUCUGGGCAAUUUCGUCCUUCUGUGGCGACGGGGAACAAAUGUGCUCACUGCCUCCAACAUUAUGGUUACAAGGGAUGAGCGCGUAAGACUGAUAGAUGGUUAUAAUUUAGAGAUAUCCGAUUUGGAGCCUCAAGAUGCCGGGGAUUAUGUUUGUCAAAUCAGUGACAAAAUAAAUCGUGAUCAAGUGCACACAGUUGAGAUAUUGGUUCCGCCCAGUGUACGGGCCAUUCCCACAUCCGGACAACUGCAGGCCCGCAAAGGAGGACCCAUUACGCUGGAGUGCAAGGGAUCUGGUAAUCCGGUGCCAUCCAUUUACUGGACCAAGAAGAGCGGCGCAAACAAGUCGUCAGCCAGGAUCGGAGACGGACCCAUUCUGACCCUGGAGAAGCUGGAGCGCCAGCAGGCGGGAGUCUACCAGUGCACCGCCGACAACGGAGUGGGUGAUCCGGUCACAGUCGACAUGCGGCUGGAUGUGUUGUAUCCCCCGGAUAUACAAGUGGAGAAAUCCUGGAUACACUCGGGCGAAGGAUUCGAGGCGAAGCUCGUUUGCAUUGUUUUCGCUGAUCCAGUCGCAACGGUGUCCUGGUACCAGAACUCAUUUCCGAUCCAAUCGACGGACAGGCGCAUCAUGGCCACCAGAGCCAACCGUCACAUGCUCACCAUCCGCCACAUCCAGCAGGAGGACUUUGGCAACUACAGCUGCGUGGCGGACAACUCGCUGGGACGCUCCCGCAAAUACAUGGAGCUCUCCGGACGUCCCGGCGCCGCCGAGUUCUACUCACCCAAGUGGGGUCGUUUGCCGGACAGCUACAAUCUGACCUGGAAAAUCGAUAGCUACCCGCCGCUGGAGGAGGUCCGCCUACUCUACCGUCGAGUGCAGAUGAAUGAGACGUACCAGCAGCCGGGCAGGUGGCACGACUUCAUCCUCACCCCGGAGCACCGACCGGCCUCGGAGCCCCUCACACACAUCAUGUCCUACACCAUCAAGAAUCUGCAUCCGGGCGGCUACUACGAGGCAAUUGUGCAGGCCAAGAAUCGCUACGGCUGGAAUGAGGUCAGCGAUAUAUUUCAAUUUGUCGUCGCCAACAGCAGCCAGGACAUUGGCCCCGAGGACGCCGAGGUGGUGGCCAGCUCCAAGUCGCGCAGCAAUAGUGCCUCCACAGGCCGCCUGCCGGGAUCCACGCUCCUUCACACGGCACUCCUCCUGGCCCUGGCCUUGAGUAAUUGCCAAUUCGACAGACGCCGACUGGGCCUGGGAUAAGCGGUUGAUACAGACAAUCCUGGUCUGGAUCGUGAUCGGGAUCAGGAUCAAAAUCGGGAGCAGCACAAGACAAGGGGAAUCACUCGCACUUAGAGGAGGAGGCAGUUGCCGGGGAAGGACGGAGACAUGGAGUGUAUAGAAAUCCAGCAGAAGAAUAUACGAUUUUAUUCUACACCUAACCUGUCCACCAAGAGAGCAAGUGAAUCCAGACCUACACUAAGCAACAAAGAAAAAGAGAGAUUGCAAACCAAAAAGCUGAACGAGUAACCCAUGUAAAUAAUUUUUCAAGAGUUUUUGUCCACGAUUAAAUUAGCACACACCCAAUCACACGUACAGCCGGAAAAUGGUUAAUGGAAAUUGCAAUUGGAGGAGGCAAAUCCAACAUUCCACCAUUCCAACAUCCAAAGCCCACCCCCAGUUCCAUCCCCAUGGUAGAGUAAGCAAGUCGAACUAGGUCAUGUAAAUAAGCAUUAGAUAUCUGAAUGUGAACUGCAUUUUACUUCAUAAAUGUUGGGCUGAUGCGGCCCGAUGUGCAGGAUGUGCAGGAUGUGCAGGAUGUGCGGGAUGUGUAUGUAAAUUAAGCAAACAUUAUAUAGUGAUAUUAUUUAGUUUCGAGCGAAACCAUAAAUAACAAACUACUCGUAUUGGAGAUGAAAUAAAACACACACCGCAAAAUGUUAGUAUGUAAAGUAAUUGCCACGUUUCCGUUUUGAAUUCGGAUGCAAAUUCAAAUUCAAAUUCGAGAUCGAGUUCGAGUUCGAGUUCAUUUCAUUUGUAUUGCCACUUUCUCGAUUGCAGUUGUAGUCUUAUUUUAGCCAGUAAGCGCACCCAUAACCAAAAAGGAUAACAACGUAACAGCAAUUCAAUGUAAUGUUUUUCGAUGUAAAUUAGAAUUUAAGCAAACGUGUUGUACCACCAAAAAAAAAGGAAGGCAAAAGGUCGAAAAACAUAAUACCCCACUCAAAAUCGGAAUCGAAAUCGGAAUAUUAUUCGGAGUAUUUGAAUGUGAAUCUUUGCAUACAUAUUAGCGGCACGUGAAUGUCACGAGUGUCGAACCUGUAAAUAAAUACAUAAAUACGUGAAUAAUAUUGAGUGUUGCGAACCCAGCAGGCAUUUUAUCAGCUUUUGCACCUUUCCAAUUGUACGAUCCGAAUCCGUAACCGUACUGUUUCAUUUAGGGCACACCAUAGAGGUCAAGGGUCACUUGUAUAUUUGAUAGGCCGCGGCCUACAACUCGAACUCGUACACAACCUUCUGUACUCAGCAUGUCGAUCGAUCGAACGAGGCCAAAACCAAAACCAACACCGAAACCAAAACUGAAACAGAAACCAAAACCGUAUUCAGAAAGGGGAAUCGAGUGCGAGUCGAAUAGAAAAGUAAAAAAGUAAAAGCGUUACAAUUUAUCUACAUAAAUGUGUAUGUGUGUGUACCUUACAUAGCCAGUUGGAUGCAGGAUGCAGGAUGCAGGACGAAUCGCAGGCAUUACUACAGAUAACAUAUAGUUGAGAAGGGGUUCCCCGAAAUGGAUCCCAGUCUGCAGCUAAAUACCAGUAUAAUUCAGAUUAAACAGAUAUAGCUAAGCACGUGACCGGUACGUGUUCAUAAAAAGUGAAUUCAUUAAUUACUAACUACAUAGUACGAUGCUAAUUGUAUGAUUAAUGCGCAUA